AUGGCAGAGUCAGCAGCACUUACUGCAGUCAUUAACCAAGCAGUAGGGAUAUCUGCCAAUCUAAUUGUCGGAACAGGCUCACGCUUGUAUAGAUUGAAGGAGGACAUAGAGUGGAUUGAAAGACGAAUGAGACACUUCAAAUCAUGCCUCAAAGAUGCCGACUCAAAGCAAGGUGGAAGCCAUGAAGUUGCUAACUUGAUAAUUGAUAUGAAAGAUCUUGCUCUGGACAUCGAAGAUAUUUUGGAUACUUACCUUCUAGAGAUUGAAUCCCAUAAGGGAAAGGGGCCAUUUCGAUUCUUUAAGCAUGCUGCUUGUAUACUAUGUUAUGGUGGCACAACCAAUACCUUUUCCCAGAAAAUUGAAAAAAUCAAGAGUCGGGCGCAAGAAAUUGAAGCCACUAGAGAAAGAUGUCGUAUUAAUCUUGAUACGGAUGGAGGUAAUGCAGAUUCGGAGGUUUGGAAUCGAAGAAAAGAAUUCCUAGUUACCACGGAGUCAAUGGUUGUCGGUCGUGAAGAUAAAUUCCAGGAACUUGAGGAAAAAUUGAGGAGCUCGAACUCAGAGUGUAAAAUGAUAUGUGUUGUAGGAGAGGCCGGUGUAGAAAGGUGUGGUGGGUUGCCAUUGGCAAUUGUGGUUGCGGUGGGUAUGUUGCGGCAGAGAAGAAGGAAUAAACAUGCAUGGAAUGAGGUGCUUGACAUCUUGAGCACUAGUUCUGAAAAUAAUUGUUCAAAAAUCUUGUCUCUGAGUUACAAUGAUUUACCUCCUGACUUGAGGCCUUUUUUCCUUUACUUUGGGCUCUUCCACGAAGAUGAAGAAAUUUCUUGUGAUGAGUUGGUCUUGGCUUGGGUUUCCGAGAAAUUGAUCCAGUUUAACGUAAAUCAAAAUCCUUAUGACAUUGUGGCUGUUAAAUUAGAGAUGUUAAGUGACAGAAAUUUAAUCCAAGUUUCUACGAGAAAUUUGGAUGGAAGCGUAAGAAGUUGUCGCAUUCAUGAUCUUCUACGUAUUUUUUGCAUCGAAAUGUCCAACGAGAACAACUUCUUUGGUACACACCAUAAUAUACACACUAAUUCAUUUUCAAUGCUUCGUAGACUUACCAUUGACGACACUAGUCAAUUUUCUUUUUCAAAUUCUGCGACUCCAAAACUUCGUACCUUGUUCUGUUUUUGUAACUCAGGAGAAGGAUGGUCUUUGAUUCCUAAUGAAAUUGGAGAUCUGAGUAGGUUGACUUUCCUUAAGUUGAGUGGGAGAUUUGAAAGGAUGCCUUCAACCAUAAGGAAUCUCAAGAAAUUGGUGACAUUGGAUAUUCGACGAGCAGAUUUUAAUUGUGGUUUGCCAAGAACUAUUUUCAGGAUGAAGCAUUUGAAGCAUUUACUCUUAGGCUACGGUAAAAUGUUUGAGUCUGACAAAUGCACAAAUUUGAAUGUCAGAAAUGAGGUGUAUUUACGGAACAUAGAAAUUUUACAUUGGGUGCCUGGUACCAUUUUGAAAGCUAGCUCAUUACAAAAACUAUCCAACUUGAGAGAGCUGCGUUUAUAUGAGAUUAAUGACCAACAUAUAAAUGUAAUAUCUGGUAAAGCACCCAUAUCAGAGAAGCUCCAAGAAUUGCGGUUGGAGUUUACUCAGAGAUGUUCGAUUUCUUUGUCCAACUAUGGCCAUCUGUCUAAGUUGUUUCUGACGGCUGAACCUAAUUUUCCAUUCAAGCUUGACACCAUUGAAUUCCCUCCAAACCUUAUCUACCUUAGACUUUGGUUCAUGAAAUUCACUGAGGAUCCAAUGAAGGUACUAAAGGAACUAACCAGAUUAGAGAUCCUUGAAGUGGCUGGUUGUAUAUACAGCCAGUCAAUCACGCUGGAUUUCUCAGGAGUAAACAGCUUUCCAGAGCUUCAAGUGUUGGCAAUUGAAAAAUCAGAAAUUCCGGAGUUGAUUGUGGAUCAAACUGGGAUGCCAAAGCUUUACAAGUUUGUGUGCAACCAAAAAGACUUAAAUGUUCCUGAGAGACUACGUGAAAUAAUGGUGGAGCCUUGA